UCUGAGGCCCCUUCUUCUCCCAGACAAAGGGCCCCUUCUGGCCAGGAGGGCUCUAAUCCCCCCCGGGGGGAGAGCUCGGCCCCCCCAGCUCCGGGCGAUCCCCCCUCCCGGGGCUGCCAGGGGCACCGGGAGGUUCUGCGUGCCCUUGGGGGGUUUUGCCCUCCCUCCCGGCUCCGGUCAGGGGUUCCCCCAUGGCAAGGGUCCCCCACCAAGGCGAGGGGUGUCCCAGCACCCCCCCACGUGCCCGGGUCCCCCCCAGAGCCGUGCCCGGCACAGGUAGGCUUGGCCGGCCGUGAACUUUGGCUGCGGCUCUGCCUCGGCACAGGGGGAGGAGCGGCCGCAGCCCCCCCGCCCCGGCACAGACGGUGCCUCAGCCGGAGCCAGAGCAGCACCCAGAGCCCUCUGCCCCGCCAAAGGCCCCUGCCAUGUGGCCGUACCUCUUGCUGGCGGCGCUGGCCUGUGUGCUGGGCUGGCUGGUGCGGGACCGCCAGACCCUGCCCUCCGUCAAGGACAAGCACGUCUUCAUCACCGGCUGCGACAGCGGCUUCGGCAACCUGCUGGCACGGCGGCUGGCCAACCGGGGCUACCGGGUGCUGGCCGCUUGCCUGACCCAGAAAGGGGCAGACAGUCUCCAGCGGAGCUGCUCCGGCCACCUCCGCACCACCCUGCUCGACGUCACCCGCUCCGACAGCAUCCACCGCGCCGUCGAGUGGGUGCGGGCAGAGGUGGGCGAGAAAGGUCUCUUCGGGCUGGUGAACAACGCGGGGGUGGCCAACCCCAUCGGCCCCACGGAGUGGAUGGGGAUGGAGGACUAUCGCCAGGUCAUGGCCGUCAACGCCUUCGGGACCAUCGAGGUGACGCUCCAGUUCCUGCCCCUGCUGAAACGGGCGCGGGGCCGGGUGGUGAACACCUCCAGCGUGCUGGGCCGCCUCUCCGCCAACGGCGGCGGCUAUUGCAUCUCCAAGUACUGCGUCGAAGCCUUCUCCGACAGCCUGCGGAGGGACAUGUACCACUUCGGGGUGAGGGUCAGCAUCGUGGAGCCCGGCUUCUUCAAGACGGCGGUGACCAACCUGGAGAGCAUCGAGGCGUCCCUGCGCCAGCUCUGGGAUCGCCUGGCGCCCGAGACGCGGCUCAGCUACGGCGAGGAUUUCUUCCACAAGUACCUCAGGGUGCAGCGGCUCAUCAUGAACGUCAUCUGCGACGCUGACCUCAGCAAGGUGACGCGCUGCAUGGAGCACGCGCUGGGCGCCCGGCACCCACGCACCCGCUACAGCGCCGGCUGGGACGCCAAGCUGCUCUGGCUGCCCGCGUCCUACCUGCCCGCCUGCGUCGUCGACUUCGUCCUGGCCACCGUCCUGCCCAAGCCGGCCCACCGCGUCCGCUAGUCCCCCGCUGCGGCCACCAGCCCCCCCCGCAGGGCUGCCAG